CCAGGGUCGCCAAGGAUGCUGCAGGGGGCCGGGACGCGGGGCCCUAGGCCCGGUCCUGUGCCCGUGGGGCUGCGGCGCGCCCGCUGGGGGCGGGGGAGCAAGGCCGCGCCCCCGCGCCCGUCCCGCCCGCGUCCCGCUAGGGGCGGCGGCCCGCCCCGAUUCCGCCGAGGCUCUUCCGCGCCGGCAGGGGCAGCAGCGGGAGCGGCGCGGGGCGGAGCGGCGCGAGCAGUCAGGAGUGGCCCGGCGCGGCCCGGAGCGGCGGCGGCGGCAGCGACGCCAGAGCCCGUGGGCGCCGUUCGCGAGGCCGCCGCAGGCGCCUGGCCGCAGCGCGGGGAGCCCCGGGUGUCAGAGCUCGCCGCCGCCGCCAUGCCGCUGCUCUUCCUCGAGCGCUUCCCGUGGCCCAGCCUCCGCACCUACACGGGCCUCAGCGGCCUGGCCUUGCUGGGCACCAUCGUCAGCGCCUACCGCGCCCUCAGCCAGUCGAUGGCCGGGUCAGGCGAGCAGGAGCCGCUAACGGCCCCGCUGCAGCCCGAGGCGCUCGUGCCGUCGCGCUUGGCCGCCGGCGGCCCCCGGGCCCGCGACGUGGCCCAGUACCUGCUGUCCGACAGCCUGUUCGUGUGGGUUCUGGUGAAUACUGCUUGCUGUGUUUUGAUGUUGGUGGCUAAGCUUAUCCAGUGUAUUGUGUUUGGUCCUCUUAGAGUGAGUGAGAGACAGCAUCUCAAAGACAAGUUUUGGAAUUUUAUUUUCUACAAGUUCAUUUUCAUUUUUGGUGUGCUGAAUGUCCAGACUGUGGAGGAGGUGGUGAUGUGGUGCCUCUGGUUUGCUGGACUUGUUUUUCUGCAUUUGAUGGUUCAGCUCUGCAAAGACCGGUUUGAAUACCUUUCCUUUUCUCCCACUACACCAAUGAGCAGCCAUGGGAGAGUCCUGUCUCUUUUGAUUGCUAUGCUGCUCUCCUGCUGUGGAUUGGCAGUUGUCUGUUGUGUCACAGGCUAUACUCAUGGCAUGCACACUUUGGCUUUCAUGGCUGCAGAGUCUCUUUUGGUAACAGUGAGGACAGCUCAUGUGAUUUUAAGAUAUAUAAUUCACCUCUGGGACCUUAACCAUGAAGGGACUUGGGAAGGAAAGGGAACCUAUGUGUAUUACACUGAUUUUGUCAUGGAGCUCACUCUCUUGUCCCUGGACCUCAUGCACCACAUUCACAUGCUGUUGUUUGGCAACAUCUGGUUAUCUAUGGCUAGCCUGGUCAUCUUUAUGCAGCUUCGUUACUUGUUCCAUGAGGUGCAGCGGCGAAUCCGUCGACACAAGAACUAUUUGCGUGUGGUAGGAAACAUGGAAGCCAGGUUUGCAGUUGCAACUCCAGAGGAGCUAGCAGUCAAUAAUGAUGACUGUGCAAUCUGCUGGGACUCCAUGCAGGCUGCAAGGAAACUUCCCUGUGGACAUCUUUUUCACAACUCCUGCCUUCGUUCUUGGCUAGAACAAGACACCUCUUGUCCAACAUGCAGGAUGUCUCUUAAUAUUGCUGAUAGCAGUCGUGCCAGGGAAGACCAUCAAGGAGAGAACUUGGAUGAGAACUUGGUCCCUGUGGCAGCUGCAGAAGGCAGGCCUCGUUUAAACCAACACAAUCACUUCUUCCACUUUGAUGGGUCCCGGAUUGCGAGCUGGCUGCCGAGUUUUUCGGUUGAAGUGAUGCACACUACCAACAUUCUUGGCAUUACACAGGCAAGCAACUCCCAGCUAAAUGCCAUGGCUCAUCAAAUUCAAGAGAUGUUCCCCCAGGUUCCAUACCACCUUGUGCUCCAGGACCUCCAGAUGACACGCUCUGUGGAAAUAACAACAGACAACAUCUUAGAAGGACGGAUUCAAGUACCUUUUCCCACACAGCGGUCAGAUAGCCUGAGGCCUGCACUGAACAGCCCAGUGGAAAGACCAGGAACUGAUCAGGAGGAGGGAGCAGCUUCUGUUCAGACGGAGCGUGUACCACUGGACCUCAGUCCUCGACUAGAGGAGACCUUGGACUUCAGUGAGGUAGAAGUGGAGCCCAGUGAGGUGGAAGACUUUGAAGCCCGGGGGAGCCGCUUCUCCAAGUCUGCUGACGAGAGACAGCGCAUGUUAGUCCAGCGCAAGGAUGACCUCCUGCAGCAAGCUCGGAAGCGGUUCCUGAACAAAAGUUCUGAAGAUGACAUGGCCUCAGAGAGACUCUUCCCCUCUGAAGGCACAUCCUCUGACCCAGUGACCCUGCGCCGGAGGAUGCUGGCAGCUGCUGCUGAGCGGAGACUUCAGAGGCAGCAGACGACCUAGUGCUUCCUCAUCUUCCUCAGCCUCCUGUCCAGCCCUACAUACCGGAAGAGGCCUGUCCUGGUUUUGCCUGCUGUGUGGAGAUCCGCGACUGCAUCGGCGCUGCAUAAAGCAUGUGGUCUUCAUAGUGUGUGGACAGCUGACAACUUUAAUCCUUGUAAUACUUUCUAUGUGGCAUUUCUCUUCCCCUUAGAAACACUGCACAUUUGAACUCUAGGCAUGACCUCUUCUGGUGUUGACUGGACUUCUUGGGAGUGGGGACAAGCAAAAGGAAGUGGGCACUUGGGCACUCACUUGCCUGCAGCAGGUAGUUUUAAUUUCUGCUUUGGUAUAAGCCAUGGCAGAUGUUAGUGUCUUUAGAGCCACAACUGGAAGGAAGUGUGGGUCCUGGGGAGGGUGUAUCACAGCAGCCAGGAGGUGUACAACAGGAGUCUGACUACAUCUUGACAAACUAUCGUGUUGUAAAUGCUGUGCUAAGGGAGGAAGCAUCCACAGUGUUGCAGAGGUCAGUCCCACAGGCUCCUGGACCUCUAGACCAGCAGGGCAUCAUGUAUAAAGAACUAAUUGGUACCUGGAGCAGAAAGGGAAAGUUCAGGGCUGCCGAAGGAGGAGACCCUUUUCUGCCCUUCCUAUUGAGGACCGACCUGAGCCCCGAUCCACACCUGGCUUCAUUUCUGUUCACUCUGGUGCUCCCGCAUCACAUGAGCUUGCCCCUCCUUUUUCUUCCUACUCCCUGCUUACCCUAGGCAUGGGAAGGGGUGAGCAGCAAGCUUGGUUAUGGUUUUAAUUCCUUGGUCAACCCUGUUAGGCUAUGCUAAACAUGUAUGGGUUUGAUCCUUGGAUAGGUGUGCACCUGCAAGGCAGGGAUGUUUUAGAGGGCAUUGCUGAAGAAGUACCAUAUGUAUCUUUCUCCCCCAGAGCCCUUCAUUUCCCUGCUUUUGUUCCUGUGGGUCUCAUUAAACAGAAAGGGAAGAUGUUGGAUAAUCCACAUGCCUCAAGCAGACUUGGUCCUGGAUUUUCUCAAAUUCUCCACGUAUUUAAGGAUUUGAAACACGCAAUCAUAGGUUACAUAGUUUUAUGUCCCAUUGAAUUUUUUUUUAAUGUUUCAAAACAUAGUUUUAUGGUAGUCCUUUUGGGAAGAAUCCAGUAUUAUCUAAAAUUAUUGGCAAAGUUAAAUGUAUUUUACAUACCUGAAAGUUUUUAGAAUGUUGACAAGUAAUGGAAGAAAGGGUAAUAGGUGAAUAGGCAAAGUAAUUUAUUUCAAUAAAUCUUCCAAAAGCCUUACCUCGAA